CUGGUUGUAGGUUCUCCCCAGUCGAGUGCUGCCAGCCUGCGGUAGCAACAUUAAACUUUACGAUGAUUGGGUGCUGCAGGUGAAUGCUCCUCUAGAGGCAGUGCUUUCCCGAUCAGCAUCCAAUAGCGAAUGAGAGAAACGAAGCCGAAGACAACUGAAGAUCUAUCCAAGCAGUGAUUGUCAAGAUGGCGCUCCGCGUAACUCAGCAGCUUCUCGUCAACCAAGACCGAGAUGGAGAUGACAGCAUGUGGCUACAGUUUGCCUGAAAAGUUGGUAUCAGACACACUGGAAGAACUGAAAGAUUAAGUGACUUUGCGAUUCCGGCUGUUGAACACAAAGCAGCGACAAUCAGAUCGGUCCUACUUAAUGGAGGACUUCACACUAUGCACGUGAACGCCCCUUUCAACUUCAAAGAUUCUGGCUCACUCUUCCUCUCAUCCUGAAGCUAUAUUAACUGGAAGGCUUUUGUGCGUUGCUUAGAUUCUGCUGCGAAUGGACAUUCUUCGCCGCUGCGAAUAGAUUAGCCUGUUUUAAAAAAAUAGGAAAUAUUCGUGGUGAAUAUAGUGAUAUUUGAGCCGGGGUUUCUUCAAAUUUGUUCGGAUUUCCCCUGCUAAUCACCAUUCCACUAUUGUUCCAUAUUUAUCAGUCAUCACCCCAUUUGAGUUGUGUGAUAACCCUGACCAACCAGCAAGUUGACAAAUACUGGGUCUAUAUAUAAGUUUGGAGUUUCAACUCUUCAGCACUUGGAUGACUGCGGAGUAGGGUGAAAUGGGACAGAAGUCAACUUGGAGUAAAGGUCGUUUCCAGGCUAUGGCUGUGCCCCCUUCGGGGCCCCAGAAGACGUUCCUGAACACUUGCCUCAAGCUGUGCAGACGUGCAGCUGGUGCCUCGACUAUGCUGCCAUCUCUCGUGGUGUCCGCACUCUUCAUUCUACUAACACUCGUACUGGCAAACGGAGCCCGCCGCCUGCUGGACCGUCUUGUUAAGGAUUCGUUCAUGCGGCUGCUGCUGCAGGAGGCUAUUGCUGCUUUCGAGCUGUGCGCCUGCUGUUUCGAGCUCAUCAUAGUGGCUGACAAUUUUGGUGUGUCAGCAUAUGGUAUAUUUCUGUUCCUGCUGACAAUCUGGUGGGCAUUCAACUGGGGGGAUGCCACGGCCUGUCCAUACACCCACAUUGAAGAUGUGGUCCUCGGGAAUACAGACAUACGUACUGCAGUACUCAUAUCAGCAUUCGAGCUGGCAGGAGGCAUGAUCAGUUUCAAAUAUGUACAGCUUUUGUGGAGUCUGGAAAUAUCUGAAACACAUCGUGACCGGGCAUUUGGCGAAUGUUUUACAGAUUUACAGGUUCCGGUGCUAUAUGGUGCAGCUAUUGAAGGCACUGCCACCUGUUUAUGUCGCAUAGCUUCCAAUGCACUCUCUGAGUUCAAGCCUCGAUUCAGUACUGCAAUCGAUUCUUUCAUUUCAACAUCACUUGUAGUGGCAGCAUUUGACUACUCGGGUGGCUACUUCAACCCAGUCCUGGCCACCUCCCUCAAAUAUGGCUGCAGAGGUAACACAUUGAUUGAGCAUGUUGUGGUGUACUGGGUGGGAGCCAGCCUUGGAGCUGUUGCAUCUGUAUUUGUGUAUCAACAUCCAACAGUCCAGAAGUUGUUGUUUGGACACAAGGAGAAGGAAGAGUAAGAGAACUCGGUUACUCAAUACAUGAAAUAUUUCUGUGCAGUUCAGCAUGACUGGGCCAAACAAAUAUACACACUGCCUUAUUGAAUUAUAAUUACAGCUGCUUCUCAGGAAACACACAAUAAAUUAGUCAGUGGUACAACCAUGAAGAGUACAAAUAUUUUGUUGUUCUUGAUACCAUCCUGUGAUACUGUGUACUGACUGUUAUGUUUCAAAAUUCUGUUAAAUAAAUCAAUCAAACAUCAGA